CCUGAACCAAAUAUUUAAGCUUACCGAUGGCAUCAUGACUCCACCUCCUCAGUAGCAUUCAUAUAUUUAGGCCACAUCACACUCAUCCAUCCAACUUUAAGCAUUCCAGACCCAAUCCACAAUCCACAAUCCACAUCUCACCACCUGCAUAAUAGUACUACACCAUGUACACAACAGACACCCUCCCAACAAACUUCUGCAUAGCCCAAGCAAUCGGCCUCAGCGGCACCGCUUGGCUCUCUGGAAACAUCUUCUCCUUAUCAUUAAUGACAGUCCCAGCCCUUCUUCAAUCCCACAAGGAGCACAAAAUCCCCCUAUCAACAAUCACAAAACAAUGGGCCCUUGUCUACGAAACGGGAAAGAACCGCGCUCCCCCAAUUGCUCUCUUCACCGCCGCCACCCUCUUGUAUCUAUCCUGGGCGACGAGGUCAGAGAGUACGCUGGCGGCCAUCGCACCACGGGGAGCCACCACCACGUAUGCGAUUUCUGCUGCAUUGACGAUUGCGAUCGUGCCGUGGACCAUUCUGGCCAUGAAGGGGACGAAUGAUGCCUUGAUGGAAAAGGCGAAGAUGGGCGUACAGGAGGAGAAGAAUCCCCAGGAGGGGGAGAGAGUGUUGGGUUUGUUGAACAGAUGGGCGUUACUUAAUGGUGCUAGGGCUGUGUGGCCACUCGCUGGGUUCUUGGUGGGGUUGUCGGCUGUUGUGCCUUGAUUUUAUUAUUUGGAGGGUUAUGUGAGGGAGGGAUGCGUUUGGGGAAUUGGGAAAUUUGGCGUUAAUGAUAAUGUAGGAUUGUUUUGCAGUUUGAAUUGAUGUAUAUUAAAUGUAUUACACCCGUCAUUGGUAGCACGAAAAGCUGAACGGCAAUUUUUGGUGAUACCGUCACUGACAGAUAGUGAGUGUCUCGAG